CCCGUGUAACCCUCGCUUGCCUUAGCGCUUGAAACCGAUGCUUGUUGAUACAGUUAAUUGAUAAAAAUGAGAGCGUUAUAUGUUUUAAAAAGGGCUUGCAUCCAACAAAUUGCAUUUACGUGCACAGCAAGAUGGAGAUGGACCCAGAGCAGAAGUUUCUCCAACACAAUUCCGGAGAAACAUGCGCCGAACAACACGAUGUUCAAGCAUCUAACUUCCAAAAUCAAAGCAACUGGUCCUAUCUCAGUGGCUGAAUACAUGAGGGAAGUUCUAACCAAUCCGGUGUUGGGAUAUUAUGUGAAGAAUGACAUGCUGGGAGCAGAUGGGGAUUUUAUUACGUCACCGGAAAUCAGUCAGAUCUUCGGAGAGUUGCUCGGGAUCUGGUGUGUGAGCGAGUGGAUGGCAGCAGGGAAGCCAAAGGAGUUUCAGUUUGUGGAAUUUGGUCCUGGAAGGGGUUCCCUGGCCAGUGAUAUCUUGAGAGUGUUCAGCCAGCUGCGGGUGGUGCUGGGCGGGGCGACCGUGUCCAUUCACCUGGUGGAAGUGAGCCCCAGGCUGAGCGAGCUGCAGGCUCGCAGUCUGACCGGAGACCGCAACCAGGUGUUCGCCAGCGAGAACGCCCCGGCCUACCGCCAAGGGACCACCAGCACAGGCCUGCCCAUCUCCUGGUACCGCAGCCUGGACGACGUUCCUAAAGGCUUCAGUAUCUACCUUGCCCAUGAGUUCUUUGAUGCCUUGCCGAUCCAUAAAUUCCAGAAAACCGAGCGGGGCUGGAGGGAGAUGAUGGUGGACAUUGACCCAGAAGAUGCGGCCCGGUUACGGUUCGUUUUGGUGCCGGCCCCGACUCUGGCCUCUACCACGCUGAUACAGGCGGGUGAGAGCAGGGAUCAUGUGGAGGUCUGCCCGGAGGGGGCCGUGGUCAUUCAGAAGCUGAGUACCCGGAUCGUGGAGGACGGGGGUGCGGCCCUGAUGGCGGACUACGGCCACGACGGGACUGGGACGGACACGUUCAGGGGUUUUCGGGGACACAAACCCCACGACGUCCUGAGCGCCCCGGGCACUGCUGACUUGACGGCCGACGUGGACUUUGGUUACCUGAGGAGGACCGCGGGGGACCAGGUGGCCUGCUUCGGCCCCAUAGCCCAGCGCACCUUCCUGCAGAACAUGGGCAUCGACACGCGCCUACAGGUUCUGCUGCGGAACUGUCGGGAUGCCUCAACCCGGGCCCAGCUGAUCCGGGGGUUUGACAUGCUGACGAACCCCGCGAAAAUGGGCGACAGGUUCAAGUUCUUCGCUCUGCUGAACCACAACCGACUGGCCCCACCCCCUCCGCUGGAGAAGGGGAAGCUGACCCCACUCCAUCUGGGGGAGAAGGGGAAGAAAAUGGCGCUUGCACCCCUUCCUGUAGCUGGAUUCAGCGAGCUGAAAUUUUGAGGACCAAUGAGGGGCACAUCUCACCCCCUUCUCAGACCAGGGGGCACCUGCCUUUAAUCCACCAUUAGCUGAACACCCAUACUUGAACUUUGAGCCUAUUGACCUGUAGGACAGGAACCUGUAAGCUGCCAUCUGCCUGGCCUGGCUACAAUAUGGCUUUACACUCCUUUGUCCAUUCAGAGUUAUGGAAUUUGCUCCCAGCAGGCAUUGCUCUUCUUUACAGUAAUGGAGAGAUGUGAGGAACAAUGCGUUGGAGCGGAAAAAAAACAUGGAACAUCGUCCUGGUUACCAUGGAAGCCAGGCACUGAUCUUGAUCUAGCCCACAUUGGACCAUCAGAGAGGGAACCACUGCAGGAGACACAGUUUAGGAAAAUGUUUUCCUCCUGGCCAAUUUCAUGAAACCAAACAUUUCUGGAAUGACCAUGACCUUGUUAGACCCAGUAGAGCGUAUUUCUGCACUGUAUUUCAUUUGUGUCCAAAAUGUGUAUUACAUGCUAAAGUGUUUUGGUGUUUUAACAUACUGUACAGCGGGGACCAAAAGUCUUGAGGACCCUACCAAAAACCGAUUGUUUUCAUUAUUUAUCAAGAGCUAAUCCACUUAUGAUACUCUUAAUUAUGCCUGUUUUACAACAAUACUAAUUUUUCUAAUGAUACAAGUAAAGAAAAUGUAUCGGUAGGUAUUUAUUGAAUAUUAAAAAAAUGUUUGUGCUUGGGCUGUGACUGCCAUCCACCUUGAUUACCAUCUUCAAUCUGCUUAGCAUUGCAAAACCUCAUCUUCUAUUUCAUCCCUCCACCUUCUCCGCACUUCCCACAGAUCAUCUGGUGAUGUUUGUUGAGUUUGGCCUUUUCCCUCAUCAACUGCUCCCACAGGUGUUCAGUUGGAUUACAUGCCUGGUGCCUGUGAUGGGAAUGCCAUCCUAAUAUGCUCUCAAUAAUGUAUUCUUGAAUAAGAAUAAUAGUAUUCCUUGAUAAAAAAUGUAAACCUGGACUUGGUAGUGUCCUCAGCCUUUUAACCCCCCGUUGUGUGUGUAGAAAAUACUGAGCUUGAAUUGAGAGGUUAUUUCCACAAGAUGGACCCCUCCCCCUCCAGACUCACAGCCCUUGCAUACACGCUCAGUUGUGGAACAUCCUCUAAAAAGGGGAUCACGUAGUCCAACCGCACCAUUGGCAUGUGGCGCCCUCACCCCUCCUGCACAUGGUAGUCCCCAAGCCAGUGAUUUUGGCACAGUGUUAAACCUACAUGCCGGCAGCCUGUAGCGUAGUGGUUAAGGUACAUGACAAGGUCAGUGGUUCGAUCCCCAGUGUAGCCACAAUAAGAUCCGCACAGCCGUUGGGCCGUUGAGCAAGGCACUUAACCCUGCACUGCUCCAGGGGAGGACUGUCUCCUGCAUAGUCUAAUCAACUGUACAUUGCUCUGGACAAGAACGUCUGCCAAAUUCCAUUAAUGUAAUGUAAUGUAACAUAUGGGAGAUGAUGCUAUGGGCAGUUCUCACAGAUGUGCCUGGUUUACGCCAAGACGAUAACUUAUCUUUUUGUACAAGACAAGCUGGAAGUUUGUUUUAUUUAAGAAGACAUUUUUGUGGCAAAUAUAAAAACCAAAUUGAAGGAGGUUGUAGCAAUUUUAUUAAGUCUAAAUACUAUAAAAUGUACAAAACUACUGACACCUGCCAAGUCCAGCGGCAACACAGAUGGGUAACGAGGUUCCCAGGAUUGCAUCUCGGUCCUCCCGCCUCCUGCGCCGUCGGUGAGGCCUACACUCUGAACCUUCUCCCUGCUUUACCUGGCAGGCUUCCCUGCACAGUCCAGGCUGGGAAAAGCACUCCGGAGGGGGCUUCAUUCACAAACUGAUUGGCCCCUCUGCCACAGUAAUUGAGGGAGAACCACCUACUUUUCUGUGCAGUGAUUUUGCCACCAUCCGAUAAGAGGACACCAUGGUGUUGAGCCUCCAGCACUUGCCAAGUGUAUUCAGUAGGUGUGUACAACAUUUAUUUGGGCAACCAUAUUUUAAGUUAUGUAAACUUAUGAUUGUGGGUAGUGAACAAUGGCUUAACCAUAUGCUGAGAAGACGCUAGACCUUCUGGCAGUGUCAGUCUCCUUGCUCCCAAAUAGUGCUGUUCCCAGUGAUUUGCCCUGACCAUAUUUACAACCCUGGAGGAGCAAAAAUUGUACUUUGAAACCAUGACUGGCAGGUUGGAGGCAAGGCACCAUUUCAGCUGUCUGUCUUUUUUUCCACUGGGUGAAGGACAUUCUCUUACUGAAGGUGGUGGACUGAGGAAUAGAACGCUGACCAUAACUCAACUGAGGACAUUUCUGUCACAUUAGCUGCAUUAUGUGUCCUCCAUCUUUAAGACCACUAAAAAGAUGCAUUGCUAAAGAGUCACGUUUUUCGGAAUGUUAAGCAAGAAUGUUGCUUCAUGGGUCCAUUUCACUGAAAUGCACUUUCAAUAACAGAAAAAAGUUUUCCAUAGCUGGAAUGUCUGAGCAAACGCAAAUGUAUUCAGGAAUGCAGACAGUCCUACCAGCUCCACACAGUUGGUCCCAGUACUUAACUGCAUUGAUGUGCUGCAUGAUGUGAUGCAUGAUAAGGCAAAAAAAAGGGGCUUUUCCCUCCACUUCUCGGAAAAAAACUAAAAAACAUGCAAUGCAUAACCCAUGAAGACCAUGCUAGUACUGUAUCAGAUAUCACCAGUCUUUCAGUCUUUGAGGUGGGUUCUUUGCCUCAAUUGUUCUAGUACAAUCUCUCAUAUAUGCAAUAUAAAUUGUAAGGCUUACAUCCAUCCAAGUGUCCAUUCUGCAAAGCAGAAAA